GAUUUAAUUCAUGUUACUCACUACUCUAUUGGCGUUGUCGCUCCAGUCACGACUCUCGCUUCGUCCUGUCACAAGUGUAGUUCUUUCAGGCUUACAUCAACUCUAAUCACUGAAAUUCUUGGAGAUAAUAAUCUCUUCUUUUUCAACUACAUUAAGAUAAAAUAAUAAUAAACGAAAAUGUGUGACGAAGAAGUUGCUGCAUUGGUUGUUGACAAUGGAUCUGGUAUGUGCAAAGCCGGAUUCGCCGGUGAUGACGCACCGCGUGCUGUAUUCCCCUCAAUUGUGGGAAGACCCCGACAUCAGGGUGUGAUGGUUGGUAUGGGACAGAAAGACUCAUACGUUGGGGAUGAAGCACAAUCAAAGAGAGGUAUUCUUACUCUCAAAUACCCCAUUGAGCACGGAAUCGUCACCAACUGGGAUGAUAUGGAAAAGAUUUGGCAUCACACUUUCUACAAUGAACUUCGAGUUGCACCCGAAGAACAUCCUGUGCUACUUACUGAGGCUCCCCUCAAUCCCAAGGCUAACCGUGAGAAGAUGACGCAGAUAAUGUUCGAGACUUUCAACACGCCUGCCAUGUACGUAGCCAUCCAAGCCGUGCUUUCUCUGUACGCUUCUGGUCGUACUACCGGUAUCGUGCUCGAUUCCGGAGAUGGUGUUUCUCACACUGUUCCAAUCUACGAAGGAUAUGCUUUGCCUCAUGCUAUUCUUCGUCUUGACUUGGCUGGUCGUGAUCUCACAGAUUAUCUUAUGAAAAUCCUUACUGAAAGAGGAUACUCAUUCACCACCACUGCUGAGCGUGAAAUCGUUCGUGAUAUUAAGGAAAAACUUUGCUAUGUUGCUCUUGACUUUGAACAGGAAAUGGCUACAGCAGCUUCUUCAUCUAGCUUGGAAAAGAGCUACGAACUUCCUGAUGGACAGGUAAUCACCAUUGGUAAUGAACGAUUCCGUUGCCCUGAGGCUCUCUUCCAACCAAGCUUCUUGGGUAUGGAAGCCUGUGGUAUCCAUGAGACUACAUACAACUCAAUCAUGAAGUGUGACGUCGAUAUUCGUAAAGAUCUCUACGCCAACACCGUUCUUUCUGGAGGUACCACCAUGUAUCCUGGUAUUGCUGACAGAAUGCAAAAGGAAAUUACUGCUCUUGCUCCAUCAACCAUGAAAAUUAAGAUCAUUGCUCCACCUGAGAGAAAAUACUCCGUAUGGAUUGGAGGUUCUAUUCUUGCUUCAUUGUCUACCUUCCAACAGAUGUGGAUCUCCAAACAAGAAUACGACGAAUCAGGUCCAUCAAUUGUCCACAGGAAGUGCUUCUAAGCGUAUUAAUUUGCAAUGCACUUUUGCAUUUCCUUUUAACAUCAACUUAUUACAUAUUGUCAUCAGUUAUCAUUUUUUUGAUUCCCUGAUCAACAUUGUUGGUCAAGUUCCGGAGGAGAGAGAGAGUGAGAAAGCGAGAGAAAGAGUUUUCAUUUAUUCUCUUUUUUAUUAUUUUCCUCUUUAUCACCUCGUUGCAUUAUUUUUAUUAUUUUUCUUAAGAUUUAUUUAUGUAAAGCUUUCAUCUAUUCCUACUACCUCCUGCCCUUGACUACGCAAUUUUUUUUUAGUGCUGUCGAGUUUGAAUAUGAGGUGAAGAUCCUUGACUUUUAUAAAACAUUGUAUUUCAUUCCAUAAGACUUACCUCGGAUUCGAGAGUACUUCAUUCCUAGCGAUCACAGGGCCUGAAGUUACGAUAUUCUAAUUAUUGUUAAUCCCUUUUUAAUAAUGCGUGUAAUUAAUAUAAAUUAGUAUUAUUAAAUAAUUAAAGCACUGAUACAAAAAAAAAAUACCAACAAGUAGAUUUUUUAUCCAGUGCAAACAUUCCAAAAAAAAUCUUAUUUAGUCGCUCAAAUUAAUAAUAAAUUGAGGUGAAAGAGGAAGUAAUUUGAAGAUGGUAAAAUAAAAGCUCUUCGGAUAAAUAAGUAAACAAUAAUCGACUCGAAUGUUUUGUCGUGAUUGAUAAAAAUUUUUUGACAUUUUAGCCAUUUCUCUAGCAUUUGAUCCUCUCGUUAAAUUUUUCAUUUUGCUAAUGGAAAGUUUUUCAUUAUGCUAAUGAAAAAUUGUUCUCCCCACCUCCCCCUCGAAAACAAAAAUUGUACUGAACAUAAACCAUUGAUAUAGUCAUUAAUUAAAAAUGUAAUACAACUUUUCGCAUUUUUCCGGAGUUACAAUGUAGAUUUUUUACCGUUCAAUGUCAAUGAAUAUCGUAUCCUAAGAGUUGUCUCGUGAACCUAUAAUAAUUAUUAUAAGGAUUAGGUUUAUAUUUUCAAUUCAAUAAAAUUAUUUUCAACGAA